UGUUUCAAUGAAAACUCAGGAAAUAUUUAUAUACCAGACUACGGAAAACGCCAGAUAAUAGUUUCGUUCACGAAUUUAUACGGGAACCAAAUAGUCCCUUAAUAAUGAAGAGAAGUGUAUUAGUGUUUACCUUGUUGAUAUUUACCUUUAGUUUUAUUGCUGGCGAACCUCUGACUUGUUAUAAAUGUAGAGACGCUCUGAAAGGGCCUUGCAUAGAUGGAGAUAAAAACCAAAUGAAAACAAUAGAAUGCCAUGAAGAUGAAGUUUGUGUAACUAUUCAGUCCAAAACAACCCAAGGUUCCAACUACUACAUUACAGCGACUCGUGGAUGCGAUGCUAGCGAUAUCUGUGAAGACGAGACUAUAAAUCUAAUGAAAAAUACCAAGACAAUACUCUGUUUAACUUGCAAUACAACUUUAUGUAAUUCUGGAUCAUCCGUCAAAUCUUCAAUUCUUACUGUGGUGUUUUUCAAUAUCUUUUUUUAUUUAGCAACUACUAUUAGAUAGCUUUUGAACAAGCUUUUAUAAUAAAUACUAUUACUUCUUGACUAAAA